AUGGGGGCGCGAACGAUCGUGAAUAUCGCGUCCGCGGCCAGUGGUGCCGUUAUAAUUGCGUCGUUGAUCGUUUGUGGAGUGCUUUUCAAUGAUUUGAACACACUCUACAGCGAUGUUCUUUCGGAUAUGGAUGACUUUAAGACAUUGGCGAACGAUGCAUGGGAUGAGAUCAUGUCGGUGCAUGGAAUGAUCAAAGGGGCACAUGAGAAGAGCGCUAAAGAUCUGUUCUCUGAACUGAUCUCGCACGGUGGACGUGCCAAGCGACAGGCCAAUUGCGCAUGCGCAGCCAGAGCAGCUAACUGCCCACCAGGCCCACCAGGACCACAAGGAGAUCCUGGACCACCUGGAGGUGAGAGCUUCAACUCGUUUUGA